AUGGAAGCGAACCUGAAAGGUGUCACCGCGGCGGCUUUCAAGGCCAGCCGGGAGGCCGGGCUGCAGGUCGACACAUUGGAGCUUGCUUAUGCUGCUGUGCUCAUCGACCAACGCUGCGCAUGGCGCCUCAGCAGCGGCGCCAGCAGCGGCGGCGGCGGUGACAGCGGCGCAGCAUCACCAGCGCUGGACCCCACGACCGGCCUGCUGGCGACGCCAGGGCUGGGGAAGGAGCUGCUGUGCCAGAUGGGGCAGCACGUGGCUGCGCAGGUGACGCAAAUGGGGCCGGGAGAGAUGGCUGUGAUGCGGCUGCAGAUUGCGGUCGCGUCGGCGCAGGAGCAACAGGCCGCUCUGCUGCAGCGCGAGCAGUCCGCCCGCGCCGCGCGCCUCGCGUCGCUCGCGCGACGCGCAGCCUCCGUCUGCGCGGCCGCGGCGUCGGGCGACGGCGCGGCGCCCGCAUCCACAAAGGAUUACGAAAAGGCGUUUGAUGCCGCGCUCGAUUACGUAAUCGCAGCAGCAGGCUUGGCGGCCGCCGCGCCAGGCACGGACCCCGCCGCAGCAGCUACAGCGCGCGCCGAGGUGUCAGCCGCGCUGGACAGCGCGUUUCCGCUAUCCGCCAUCGCGCGGUGGGUGACGCUGCCGCCGGCGGAGCGGCUGCAGCAGCUGCAGCCGCUGGCGCGCCUCACGCUCGGGAUUUGCCUGUACAACGCAUCACCAGCGGCGGGCAGGGCGCCGAGCGGCGGCAGUGGCGGCGUCUCUGCCGGCAGCAGGCGCGGGAGCGGGGCCGGCAGCAGGCGCGCCAGCGCGAGCGCCAGCGCCGGCGGCAGUGGCGGCGGCGGGCCGCUGGCUGCGGGCGAGGCGAUGCAGCUGCAGAUGGGGGCGCGGCUGGCUGAAACGCUCACCGCUGCAGAGGCCGCCGCGGCCGCGGCCUUCACCCGGGCAAACCGGCGGUCGCGCGCGGGGGCCGACGGCGAGGGGUGUGUGGAGGAAGAGGGCCGCGGCGGCUGGGAGGCGCUAUUUUGCGCGCAGGCGGCGACGAGUCUGCGGCUAAUGGCGGCAGACGCGCGGGACGGGCUGGCGGCGUGCAGGGAGCUUGGGGGCGCCCUCGAGGGCGAGCUGGGGGAGCUGCGGCGGCUCGUUGGCGGCAGUGCCGCGGUGUCCAAGGACUCGGUGUUCCCAAGGUUUGAGCGCGCUGGGGCGCUGAGGCUGGCGCUGUCAGAGGAGCUGCGCAUGCUGGUUGUGCGCGAGCGCAUUUUUGAGGCGACAGCGGCGGCCCUCAGGCGCGCCACAACGGACGCAUGCUUCCCCAACUUGUUGGCGGCACCGCCUGCGCCCGCCAGCCGGCAGCAGCCCGUGCCAGUUGGUGGCGCUGCCAGCGCGGAGGCGGUCGAGCAGCUGGCGGGAAGCUGCCAGGCGGCCGACCUCAACUACGUGCCGCCCGAGAGGCUGGCGGAAGCCGCGGCAGAGGCAGCUGCGCAGGGCCUGGCAGUGAUGGGCAGCAGCCAUCCGCCGCAUGGCCUGCAGCAGCAGCAGCAGGAGCAGCAGCAGCAGCUCCUCAGAGCAGAAGGCGACCAGCGGCGAAGCCGGCAGCCGAGCGCCGCGCGACAGCGGCGCAACGGCGGGGACCCGGGCGCGGCUGCAGCGCUGGCGCUCAACGGCUGGCACCAAGGCGCCCUCUACGGCUUCAGCUCGGCGGAGGCCUCCUCGGCUUUCGUCGCCUCGCCCGCAGCAGCCUUGGACGCCCUGCGGCGCGCCGCCGCGGCGCAGCCCCUGCUGCAGAACCUCCUGGCCCUCUCGUCGCCCCCGCCCGGCGAGGCGGCGGCGGAGACGGCCCCCAGGGCGGCGGGCUCGGCGGCGGGGCGCGGCUGGGCGGCGCCGCCGCUGCGGUGGGUGCUGGGGGUAGCGGCGGCGCGGCUGCAAGUCGAGGCGGGCACCCAGACGCCGACGCACUUUGUGGAGCGGUUUGUGUCGCUGGACUACGAGUGGAACGAGUGGGCCCUGCGGCGGAGGGUCAUCGCGCUCGCCAACCUGCGCAGCAAGGCCACCCACUCCGCCCAGACCCUCCUCAGCCAUUUCAGGGCGGAGGGCGCCACCCAGACCUGGGCCCCCAAGGGCGCCGCCAGCCAGACGCCCCAUUCCAAGGGCCAGGCGAUGCCCAAAAAGCUGCGCAGCUCGGAGGACGACGAUUCUGAUGGCGGCAACGGCGACGACGAGGACGAGGACGAGGACGAGGGCGGCGGCGAGAGUAGUGAAGAUGAGGACAGGCCCCUGCCAGGCGAGGUGGAGGGUAGUGAUGAGGAUGAGGAUGAGGGGCUCAGCGACGGCGACGACGACGCUGACGAUGACGGCAGCGACGAAUCUGACAAGGCGCCGCCCACCCAGCAGCAGCGCAAACAGCAGCAGCAGCGGAAACAGCAGCAGGAACAGCAGCAGCAGAGAGGGAAGGGAACACAGGAAAAGCAGGAGCAGCAGCGAAAGGGCCCUAAGCAGCAGCAGGAGGAGCGCGUCAAUAAGCAGAAGCAGAAGCAGCAGCAGCAGCAGCAGCAGGAAGAAGAGAGCGAGGAGGACGAAGAGGCGCCCAGCGCCGAAGCGCAGCGGCGCCAGCAGCCUGGCGCCGGCCCCAGCGGCCGCGGCGGCGCCGAGGCCGCCGCCAACGGCAAGCCCGGCGCCGGCAAGGGCGGCAAGGGCGGCUUCUACGCAGCUACCCCGGAGGGGACCCGCUACAGCGCGGGGAGCUUCUCGGACCUGCAGCUGUCGCGCCCCCUGCUGCGCGCCUGCACAGCGCUCGGCUACGCGGCGCCGACGCCCAUCCAGGCCGCCUGCGUGCCGCUGGCGCUCGCGGGGCGCGACAUCUGCGGGUCUGCGGUGACGGGCAGCGGCAAGACGGCGGCGUUUGCGCUGCCGAUACUGGAGCGCCUGCUGUUCAGGCCGAGGCAGAGCGCAGCCAUCUACGUGCUCAUUCUCACGCCCACGCGCGAGCUGGCUGUCCAGAUACACUCUAUGAUCUCGAAGCUGGCCCAGUUUACUGACAUCAGCGCGGCCCUCAUUGUGGGAGGCCUCUCCCUGCCGGCCCAGGUGCGCCCUUCCCCCCCCCCCCCCGGAGCGCUGGGUCGCUUUUGGAUUGUGCGCGACCCCACAUAG